AUGACUACAUUCCAACACCCUAGCAUAGGUCGCAUCCAAGGGAACAAAAAUGAGGAUGUGGUAGAGUUCCUAGGAAUUCAAUAUGCGACUCUCGCUCACCAAUUCGCUCCACCGGCUCCUAUCGACUACCAGAAGAAUCCCGAUCAUACCAUCGACGCAACAUCCUAUGGGCCGGGUGUAGGAGGUGUAGAUGGAUGCGACGCCGAAUUCGAGCUAAUCCAACACAUACUUCCCCGGACCCACUGGGCCCAGUCUGCAGUAGAUGGAUUGAACCUGAACAUUACUAUUCCCCAGAUCAGUGGUUACUCAAGCUCGUUUCCCGUCCUGGUCUUUUUACAUGGCGGCGGCUUCGGGGUUGGAUCAUCGUCAUGGCCGCAGAACCAACUUACCACAUUGGUAUCUCAUUCCCGCGAGCUGGGGUUUCCUGUGAUUGGAGUUAGUAUCAACUACCGCGUUGGGCCUGCUGGAUUCCUGACAUCGAGAGAAAUGCGCGACGCCAGCUUCACCCCCAACAACGGCCUCCGCGACCAGCGUGUCGCAUUGAAAUGGGUCAAAGAUCAUAUCGAUGGAUUUGGCGGCGAUGAGAGUAAUAUUACUCUUGUGGGACACAGCGCCGGAGGUGCAUGUUUGAGCGGACAGUUCCUAGCUGUGAAACCACUUCCGUCCGAGGUUCAUGAGCACUUCUAUGCUAAAUCGAUGAAGAUUCUCGGCUGGGAGAAUCUUGCGGCCGGUGAGCGCGUGGCUCGUCUCCAGAACUUGAAUGCUGAGGACUUGGCGAAGAUUUCUAUAUUUCCGCCUCGCCCGAUCAUCGACGGGGAUAUUUGUCGUCUGAUGCCUUCAAUACAAGCUAUCGCCGAUGGCAUGCCAACGGAACUACAUGGCGGGUGGUGCCAGGAUCUGUUUAUCGGGGACUGCCGGUUCGACUACUUGGUCAAGGUGCUUGAGGAUGUCCCUGGCCUGGCGGAGAAGAUUCUCUCGGCUUAUGGCAUGAAUGGUGAGAACUGCAUCGAGGAUGAGUGUCUACAUGGGAUUCUCCGCUUCAUGAAUGAUGUGUUCUUCUAUAUGCCAACGGUUCAUCUCGCCCGGGUAUGGAAAACUGGAGCCGCCUAUGUUUAUCGAUUUGAUGCGCCGAACCCAUGGAAGGGCCGAUGGGAGGGCGAGGCGUCGCACAUAACGGAUCAGACUAUGCUUUUACAUAAUUUUGAUGAAUUCCUGACCGAAGAUCAAAAACAGAUAGGUUGGAGCUAUACUCGCGACUUGUUGGCUUUUAUCUCUGGAAUGCCCCCAUGGCAGCCGUUCGAUGACCAGGAAUCAUUUGAAAGACAAUAUGGUGGUUCGCUGGGAGAUCGGCGGCGCUUUAUUUGGGAUAUUUUGAAGGAUAUUGAGCACGAUCGAAUCGCGUUCCUGUUGGAGCAGUUUAUUGCCGGUGAAUAG